UUCUAGCAGACGAUUGUGAAUUUUGACAGCACGUGGUUUUAGAGGGAGAAAUAACACGAAACAUGCGUUUCUCAUAUAAUUUCUCCCAAUUAUUGGGAACAGUGUAUCGUAAAGGCAACAUCAUAUUUUCCAAGAAUGGAGACAGUGUCAUCGCUCCUGUGGGCAACAAGAUAUCCGUCUACGAUUUAAAAAACAACAAAUCAGAAACUCUGUCAGUUGAGAGUCGCUACAAUUACACAGCCAUCGCUCUGUCACCCAAUGGUGUAAUUCUUAUAGCUAUUAACGAAGACGGUGAAGCCGAUGUAAUCAGCUUGCUCAGUAAGACUGUCAUACACAAAUUCCGCUUCAAUCGGCCUAUUUUGGCAGUCAAGUUUAGUCCCAAUGGCAAAUUCUUUGCACUCACAAAGGAGAAUUCCGUGUUUGUUUACCGAUCACCUGGAAGCAAAAGGGAAUACAAUCCCUUCACACUGGAAAGGGUUUUCCAUGGCUUCUUUGAUGAAACCACCUGCCUCGAUUGGUCUUCAGACUCUAGGUUCCUGAUGGCUGGUUCCAAAGAUAUGUCUGUACGUGUCUACGCUUUAGAUAAGAUUUUGCACUUCAAGAAGUUUCUUUUGGGUGGGAAUACUGAUGCCAUUGUUGGUUGCUUCUUUGAACGGGACUCCAUGGAUGCCUACACAGUUGCCAAGAAUGGAACCGUCUCUACAUGGGAAUUCAGUGAAGAUAUAGAAAAUCUCAUUAAAAUUGAAGAUAAAAAGAAGAAAGCUAUUAAACCUAUGAAUGAUUCUGAGCCAAUGGAAGAGGAUGACUUUGAAGAGGAUCCUGAGGACCCCAGUAAAGAACCCAAAGAAGUUGAAGGAAAAGAAGAAGAGACGGCAGAAUCAAAAAAUCUUUUCUACAAGCGACUGGGCAAACACUUUCUAGCAGACUCAUUCAAAGGAGAGAAAGGCGUUUCAGUAUACAACAUUACUGUGACCUCGGCCGCCUACAUGCCGUCCACUAAAUUGUUAGUCACAGGUUUCAGCCAUGGCGCUUUUUUACUGCACGAGAUGCCCGAAGUCAACCUCAUCCAUUCACUGAAAAUAUCCAAACAACUCAUCAGCUCCAUAGCCGUCAAUCCAACUGGUGAUUGGAUUGCACUCGGAUGCGCCGAUAUGGGCCAACUCUUGGUGUGGGAAUGGCAGAGCGAGACAUACGUUAUGAAGCAGCAGGGCCAUUUUGACACAAUGAGUUCAGUUGCCUACUCUCCCGACGGUUCCUACUUGGCAACUGGGGGUCGAGAUUCCAAAGUCAAAGUGUGGGACACGAAUACUGGAUUUUCCUUCGUGACGUUUACUGAGCACACUUCAACCGUCACUGGUGUGGCGUUCACUCAGACGGGUCGCGCCCUGCUCUCGUCUUCAUUGGACGGCACCGUUAGGGCGUUCGACAUGGCUCGAUACCGAAAUUUCCGGACAUUUACUUCGCCCAAACCCGCCCAGUUUUCCUGUUUAUCCAUUGACGUUAGUGGUGACUUGGUCGCAGCCGGCGCUCAAGACACUUUCGAUGUUUACCUCUGGUCUCUUCAAACUGGCCGAUUACUGGAAGUGUUGAGUGGCCAUGAAGGACCAGUUAGCAGUUUGAAUUUUAGUCCAAGUCCACUGAGCAGUUUGUUGGUCAGUGUGUCGUGGGACAAAACUUUGCGGAUUUGGGACGCUGUGUCUUCGGCCGCUUCUCUUACUCGAGAGGCCAUCAACUUGACAUCUGAUGGAUUAGCAGUUUGCUUCAGACCUGACGGCCAACAAGUGGCUGUAGCUUCGUUAGAUGGACACAUAUCCAUCUUUGAUCCACAUCAAGGUACUCAAUUAUCGACCAUUGAAGGACGUAACGAUUUGGGAAGUGGAAGAGGAGACACUGAUUUGGUUACUGCAAAAAAAAAUUUGCAAGGAAAAGCCUUCAACACACUCUGCUACACGGCCGACGGCCAGUGUCUUCUAGCUGCCGGUCAGUCUAAAAAUAUUUGCAUCUAUCAGGUGUCUGAGAAAAUGUUGGUUAAGAAAUACGAAAUCACACAAAAUCGGUCUCUUGAUGCUAUGGACGACAUCGUUAAUCGGAAGAAGAUGACGGAAUUCGGCAAUAUGGCUUUGGUUGAGGAACGUGAAGACAGCCGUAAUGGCCCAGUGACACUACGACUCCCAGGCGUUCGAUCAGGGGACAUGGCUUCUCGAUCCUUCAAGCCAGAAGUGCGGGUUUCACAUUUGCAAUUUUCGCCAAACGGACGAGCUUUCGCGGCUACGACCACCGAAGGAUUACUUGUCUACUCGCUCGACAAUAACUUGGUCUUUGAGCCUUUUGAUCUGUCAGAGGACAUCACUCCUAAGACUAUCCGGAACAUGUUGAAGUCGAAAGAUUACAGCCGCGCAUUUGUCAUGGCUCUGAAACUCAACGAGUCCAAGUUGACGAGAGAGGUGUACGAGACGAUCCCUCCCGAUUCAGUUGCCGUUGUCGUUCAGACACUGUCCACUUCGUUCGUCGAGCGCGUUCUGAGUUUCAUCGUCCAUCAAAUGGACACCUCGCCGCAUAUCGAGUUCCAUCUGAAGUGGAUCGUUGCCAUCCUCUACGAACACGGCACAGUGCUGCAGAAAAGGACACCUUCCACUGUUUCGGUCCUGCGAUCCAUCCAGAAGACGGUGGGUCGCAAGUUUGAGGAUAUCUCCAAGUUAUGCCAACACAAUCGCUACACCCUGCAGUACCUUUUAGCAUUAGGCGGUACCGCUCAAAAGCGAACCGUUGCGGCUAUUAAGAGUGUUGAAGAUACGGACGAAGAUGAAAAUGAAGCGUCAGAUGACGAAGAAGAAGAAGAAGACGACGACGAUGAAAUGGAGACAUAAAUUGCUCACGAUUGCGUCGUGUUAAAAGAAUUUGAAAAUAAAACUAAAUGAAUGACUUUUCUUAAGUUA